CCGGCAAGGCGGCAACCGGUCCGUUUGCCGGUACAAUUGUUUAUCAUUCUCGUACCAAUCGGCAAUCACUAAUGUACAAAAAAAUGUUUAAAAAUGUUUAAUAAAAAAUUUAUAUUAAGUCGACUUCAGUUAAUUUGAUUAAAAUAUCAUAUUUGUGUGUCGUAUACUACGUACUACGAAGGUACGAACUACGAAAUACGAAUUGCAUUGUAUAAAUACGACGCGCGGACUCGUUUCGAAGAACCGCGUUCCAAAGAUGUGUAUGUCUACCACCUUUGACCCGGCUCUAAUCUCAACAAUCUGAAUUCCGAACUUCUCCACAGGUAUAUAAAAUCAAUCGCGGUUCUUGGAUAAUCAUUAGUUUACGUGAAUCCACCGCAACCAGUGAAAGAAUGAACACUUCCAGAGCCAUGGACGCCACCGGAGCCGAGGACACGGCGACGAACACGAUGAUGGAGGAUUUUACGUGACAAUAUGAGUGGAAUAGAUUUUUUAUACUUGUUUUAUAUAUUAGACAGAUAUCACUUCAGUGGACAAUAAUAAACAAGACAGAGUGAAUAACAUGUCGAGUUCUCUCGAACCAGUAAAGAUUGAAAUAAUAUGGAGCAUUGUAUUAUUCUUUGUUUUUGGUCAUCUGUCAGCUAUUUAUGGAUUAUACUUAAUGUUUACAUCAACUAAAUUACUCACAACAUUUUAUGGAAUAUGUUCAUGGAUAAUAUCAGGUUUAGGUGUAACAGCUGGACUUCACCGUUUGUGGUCACAUAAAUCAUACAAAGCAAAAUGGCCUUUACGAUUUAUUUUAAUGUUGAUGAGUACCAUGGCAUUUGAGAAUCAUAUUUAUGAGUGGUGCAUGGACCACCGAAUUCAUCACAAAUAUACAGAUACAAACUCAGACCCACAUAAUGCUAAGAGGGGAUUUUUUUUCUCACACAUUGGGUGGCUUGUAGUUCGUAGACACCCAGAUUACUACGACAAAUGCUCAAAAAUUGAUAUGUCUGAUUUAAAAAACGAUUCCAUAGUUAUGUUUCAAAAAACAUUUUAUGUUCCAUUACUAUUAUUGUUUUGCUUUUUCAUUCCCACAAUAGUACCUGUUUAUAUUUGGAACGAAACAUAUGUUAAUGCAUUUUUUACUUCCACAAUGCUGCGGUAUAUUUUCACUUUGAAUAUGACAUGGUUGGUAAACAGUGCCGCUCACAUCUGGGGUAAACGUCCAUAUGAUGAAUCCAUUAAUCCAUCUGAAAAUCUCUCUGUGUCACUUGGAGCUUUAGGCGAAGGAUGGCACAAUUACCAUCAUGUGUUUCCAUGGGAUUACAAAGCGGCUGAACUUGGAAAUUACAGAGCAAACUUGACAACUGCAUUCAUAGACUUUUUCUCACUUAUUGGUUGGGCUUAUGAUAUGAAAGUGGUCUCAAAUGAUAUGGUUUUAAAAAGAGCCAAUAGGACCGGAGAUGGUUCACAUCCUGAUGGUGAUGGAAUCUGGGGAUGGGAUGAUUCUAACAUUUCAAUUGAAGAUCGAAAAUUAACAACUGUCAUCAAUAAAAAGUAUGAUUAAAAAAAAAAUUAUAAUAAUGUUCAUCUAUACCUUCUGGCGCCUAGCCUUUAUUAUUAUAAAAUGAAAUUUUUUAUUUUAUUGUAUUUAUAAAUAUUAUAUACAUGUAUUUAAAAUCUCUUUUUAUACUUCAAAUGAUUUCAUUUUUUUAAAAUUAUGUUGAUCAUGUUAAUAUUACAAUUGUAUUUACACUGAAAAUAUACACAAUGUACGAAUAA